AUGGGAAUAUUAUCAAAGCUACAAGUUAUUGGUGUGUUGUUAGUUGGACUACUUGCUUUGGAGGCAGUGGCUUAUAAUUUUGACUAUGGAGAUGCCCUGGACAAGAGUUUGCUCUUCUUUGAGGCACAGAGGUCUGGAAAAUUGCCACUGAAUCAACGUAUCAAAUGGCGUGGAGAUUCAGGACUCAAAGAUGGUUUUCUCCAAGGGGUUAAUUUGGUGGGAGGGUACUACGAUGCAGGAGAUCAUGUAAAGUUUGGAUUGCCUAUGGCAUAUAGUUUGACAAUGCUAGCAUGGAGUGUUGUUGACUACAGGAAGGAAAUGGAAGUCCUUAAUCAGAUGGGAAAUACCUUGGCUGCCAUUAAAUGGGGUACUAAUUACUUCAUCAAAGCCCAUACUCAACCCAAUGUCCUCUGGGCUCAGGUGGGAGAUGGAGAUUCUGAUCACUAUUGUUGGGAGAGAGCAGAAGACAUGACAACCCCAAGAACUGCUUACAAGCUUGAUCCUAGCCACCCUGGUUCUGACCUUGCUGGAGAAGCUGCUGCUGCUUUGGCUGCUGCCUCUCUUGCAUUCAAACCUUAUGACUCUUCCUACUCUAACCUCCUUUUAGUCCAUGCAAAACAGCUAUUCUCAUUUGCGGAUUCCUUCAGAGGUUUGUAUGAUGACUCCAUUCCAAACGCUCAAGCAUUCUACACAUCAUCUGGUUAUUCGGAUGAGCUUCUAUGGGCUGCUGCAUGGCUCUAUCGAGCAACUAAUGACAAGUACUACUUAAAAUAUGUGGUGGACAAUGCGGUAUCUUUGGGUGGAACUGGAUGGGCAGUCAAGGAGUUUUCGUGGGACAACAAGUAUGCUGGUGUUCAAAUUCUUCUGACCAAGAUUCUCUUAGAUGGAGCUGGUGGAUCAUACACUCCAACAUUGAAACAGUACCAGGCUAAAGCAGAUUACUUUACCUGUGCUUGUUUGCAGAAGAAUGAUGGAUACAACGUAGCCCUGACUCCUGGAGGCCUGAUCUAUGUUCGCGAAUGGAAUAAUCUGCAAUACGCUUCAUCAGCUGCUUUCUUACUCGCCAUGUACUCCGAUUAUCUUUCUGAGAAAAAAGUUUUAUUAACAUGUCCUGAAGGUCAAGUUCAACCAUCAGAUGUCCUUUCAUUCGCUAAAUCACAGGCUGAUUACAUUCUUGGUAAAAAUCCCAAGGCCAUUAGCUACUUAGUUGGUUAUGGACAAAACUACCCAAUCCACAUUCACCACAGAGGCGCCUCCAUUGCCCCUAUUUCAGUACUACAUACUGCUGUUAGUUGUAUAGAAGGAUUUGAGACUUGGUAUCGCCGCCCUCAGGCAAAUCCCAAUAUUAUCCACGGUGCCCUGGUGGGAGGUCCAAGUAAAACAGAUGACUUCAAUGAUGACAGGUCCAAUUAUGAACAAACUGAACCAACAUUAUCUGGUUCAGCUCCUCUUAUAGGACUCUUCUGCAAAUUGCAGUCCCUCUCAGGCUAUCCAGGUUUUUAUCAUCAUAUAUCACCAACACCAUACCAGAAGCCUCCAGCUUCCUAUCACCCACAGCCAUCAACACCCUACCACAAGGCUCCAGGAUCAUCAAAUUAUAAAGCUCCAGGUGCACCAGUGGCAUUCUUGCACUCCAUAAUUUCAACAUGGACAAUUGGUCCAACAGCUUACUACAAGCACAAGGUGGUGGUGAAGAACACAUCUCAAAAGCCAAUCACAGAUCUUAAGUUAAUAAUUGAAAACCUUUCAGGAUCAUUGUGGGGGCUUAGUCCAUGCCCAGAGAAGAACACAUAUGAGCUUCCUCAGUGGAUUAAAGUACUAAAACCUGGUUCAGAACUCACUUUUGUAUAUGUUCAAGGAGGUGCCCAAGCCAAGGUUUCAAUAAAGAGCUAUCACUAAC